AUGGUGUCCGCCGUCAGCACACCAACAGACACAGUGAACCCCGACAACAGUAUGUCGAUUAUUCCAGGAAACACAAAAAUAUGCCCCAAGAAAAGUACCGAACUGUCCCAGCCAGUCCGAUUAUCAGACCUGUACGACAGCGCCCUAUUCGCUGUUCUCCAGACGUACUACGCCUCCCAUCUGGAUGAAU